AUGGAGCGCUGGCCUUGGCCGUCGGGCGGCGCCUGGCUGCUCGUAGCGGCCCGUGCGCUGCUGCAGCUGCUGCGCGCAGACCUGCGUCUGGGCCGCCCGCUGCUGGCGACACUGGCGCUGCUGGCCGCGCUCGACUGGCUGUGCCAGCGCCUGCUGCCCCCGCCGGCCGCACUCGCCGUGCUGGCCGCCGCCGGCUGGAUCGCGUUGUCCCGCCUGGCGCGCUCGCCGCGCCUGCCGGUGGCCACUCGCGCGGUGCUCAUCACCGGCUGUGACUCUGGUUUUGGCAAGGAGACGGCCAAGAAGCUAGACGCCAUGGGCUUCACCGUGCUGGCUACCGUGUUGGAAUUGGAUAGCCCUGGUGCCCUGGAGUUGCGUGCCUGCUGUUCUCCUCGCCUAAGGCUACUGCAGAUGGACCUGACCAAGCCGGCGGACAUUAGCCGUGCACUGGAGUUCACAAAGACCCACACCACCAGCACAGGUCUGUGGGGCUUGGUCAACAAUGCGGGCCACAACGAUGUAGUGGCUGAUGUGGAGCUGUCUCCAGUGGCCACAUUCCGCAGCUGCAUGGAGGUGAACUUCUUUGGCGCGCUUGAGCUCACCAAAGGCCUCUUGCCAUUGCUGCGCCGUUCCAAGGGUCGCAUUGUGACUGUGGGCAGCCCGGCAGGAGACAUGCCAUAUCCAUGCUUGGCGGCCUAUGGGACCUCCAAAGCCGCCAUGGCACUGCUCAUGGAUACAUUCAGCUGUGAACUUCUGCCCUGGGGAGUCAAGGUCAGCGUCAUCCAGCCUGGCUGCUUCAAGACAGAGUCAGUGCUAAACGUGGGCAAUUGGGAGCGGCGCAAGCAGCUGCUGCUGGCCAACCUGCCCCGAGAGCUGCUGCAGGCCUACGGUGAGGACUAUAUUGAGCACUUCCAUGGGCAGUUCCUGCAUUCCCUGCGCUUGGCGCUGCCAGACCUCAGCCCAGUUGUAGAUGCCAUCACUGAUGCACUGCUGGCAGCUCAGCCACAACGCCGCUAUUACCCGGGCCAUGGCAUGGGACUCAUGUACUUCAUCCACUACUACCUGCCUGAGGGUCUGCGGCGCCGCUUCCUACAGACCUUCUUCAUUAGUCCCUGUCUGCCAAGAGCCCUGCGGCCUGGCCAGCCCAGCCCUACCCCCUCCCAAGAUGCAGCCCAGGACCCAGACUCAAGCCCAGGCACUUCCCCCACGGCGGCCCGAUGAGCAAUAUGCACAUAUGGCCUAGCUGCUCCAGCAGAGGAGCUCCCAUGAGCUCUUGACUCUCCUCUAGACAUUGUGACCCCCAGGUCUGCCCUGGGGCCUGGCCUAAAGGACUCCAGCCCCACCCACUGCUGAUGCCCCAGGUCAAGCCUGUUGAGGCUGAGGCUUCCCAGUGAACAGCUAGCCUCUCUCUGCUGCUUCAUGAGCCCGAUAGACCCUCCUAGGCACAAGGCUCCACCCUGCAGCUUGAAGAACCCAGCUGGAUGGGGAGUUUAGUGCAAGACUUAGCUGUAGUUUGACAGGAUCCUGCCAUAGUUUGCCUCUGCAAACUAAGGAGUGACUGGGUGGGUUGGGGACUCCCUGAGGAUUAUUUCUCGGUACCAGUGCCUCACUGCUGCAAUGCAAAGGGUGAAUCCCAGCUGUUUCUUGACUGGCUCAAGAAUUGGAGCCCCACCCACCCCAAGCCCCCCAAGCCACACAGAAGCUGAAUACCCUACUUGCUUGUCACUUUUUAAAUAAAGAUAAAUUUUAUUUCUCC